CUAACACGCACACACAUACACACUCAUGCACACUCAUGCACAACCACACACUAGCUGACUUUACAGCGGAAGUCUUUGUCUAAGUUGUCUUCCCUUCCAUCAGAGGACAACGGCACCUUUGAGUUUGACAGAAGCGUGAAGAUGUCUGUUAAAUCAGACCAUAGCAAGGAUGAGGAGGGUAAUCCUGUGCCGGAGGUCAUGGUUGUGGAGACGAACCGCUUCGGCUUCAUUAUAGGGAAUGGAGAAACUGACAGUGAUGCUCCAUGUCCUGAGUUAGUGAGACACAGAGAGUCCAAGUGGCUCAACCUCAUCACUCAAUGGGAGCAAGUGAUGGAGAAAAAGAGCAACAAGGUCAAAGGUCAGUGUCAGAAGGGCAUCCCAGCAUCCGUCAGGGCAAAGGGCUGGCCACUGCUCUGUGGAGCUAAGGGUAGAAAAGAAAAAAGUCAAGGACUCUAUAAACGUUUUGUCACAGCUCCAGAUCAUCAGGGAUGGACCGAUAUCAUCAAAAGAGACACAGACAGACAAUUUCCCUUCCAUGAGAUGUUCCAGUCCAAAGACGGUCAUGGUCAGAAGGACUUGCUGGAGGUCCUGAAAGCGUACACUCAGCAUCGUCCAGACGAGGGCUACUGUCAGGCGCAGGGUCCAGUGGCUGCUGUCCUUCUGAUGAACAUGCCUGCCGAGGAGGCGUUCUGGUGUCUGGUGCAGAUUAGUGAGCUCUACCUCCCUGGAUACUACAGCCCUCUGCUGGAAGGUGUAUUAUUCGAUGCUGCUGUUCUCUCAAGUGUGUUAAAAAAGCAGUGUCCUGCCGCACACAAACACCUACAGAAUCAGGGGGUGGAGCCUCUCAUGUUUGCCACAGAUUGGCUGAUGUGUCUGUACAGCCGUCACCUGCCCUUCGACACUCUGCUCAGAGUCUGGGAUCUCUUUUUCUGCUGUGGUGUGCGUGUUUUGUUUCAGGUCGCUGUGGUGCUGGUGCGCCGCUGUCUGGGAGAAGGACGACUGCGGAAAGAGUGUGACGGACAGAUGGAAACCCUGGAAAGACUGCGAGGUGUUAAACAGCGUGUUCAACAUGAGCAGGCUGAUGCCUUUAUCCAUGAGGUAUGCUCGGUGUCCCUGUCCUGGGCGGACCUGCAAAAACAAACUGAGAAAGAGCUGGAGAAAUGGAAAAAAGAGAGACCAAACUCGACCUUUGACCCGCGAGGGCGCUGUCACGGAUACCGAAUGGCAUGGGAGAGAGCGCAGGACAAACAAAAGGAACAUGAAAAGAAGGAGCGACCGAAGGGGAGCCUGACUCUUCCUCUCGUGCGCUCACAUUCUUCUCUUUCUCCUUCAAUUCUGCGCAAGAAAUGGAGGAAGAGGAGCAGUAAGACUGACACAGAGGAGUGGGACGGAGGGGGGAGAAAAUUCUCGCAAAGUUUGAUGGAGGAGAGCGACGAGGAGGAGGUGAGGAGGAGGAGUGUGUGCGGUAUCGUUGGGGAGCAAAGGGCCAAAAGGGACAGGCUAGCAGACGAACUCUGCACACACAAAGAUCACAGCACACAUCCCAGCAUCUCAGUGGUGGUGUCCUCCACUAUUGACUGUGAUGUUUUUGAGACAGAGCAUACAGAAACAUCUUUGAACCAACGACAAGAUAAUUCAGAAACAACACGAGGUGAAGAGAAAGACAGGACCACUGGGUGUGAGGUUGAGGAAAGCAUACAGACACAUCAUCACAUACAGGACACAAAUCAAGAUGUACAGUGUACAGAAAUGCAAGGACAUCAGGUUGAACAGAAUAUAGAAAAAGAGAAAAUUCAAGAUGAUCAGAACACAAAUCAAAAUGAACAGAAUACAGACAAACAGACGUGUCAGGAUGAACAGACUGAGAGAAAUUUAGAGACAGGUGGGGAAAGUACAUCACAGGAAGAAGACCCACAGACUGACUCCAGUAAACAGGAAGAGGAAAUACGAACAGAAUACUGCAAACAAGAAGAAGAAACUGAAGAUGUGUUGCCAAACAUCAUAGUGACUGAAGAAAAUGAGGAAAAUAUCCCAGAGAAAGAGGUACAGAUACAUGCUGUCCAGGAUCAAACAUCUAAAGAUCAACAUGAACAUUUGGAAAGGCCAGAAGACAGUUUGUUCAUCCACACAGCUAUAGAGGAAGCUGAGGAGACUCUGCAUGUUUGUGAAAACCGUGCUGAUGCAGACAAGGAGGAAGGGAUUCAGCAAGAGUUUGAUGUUCUCCCUGAGGAGACCGCAGAGAUUUCAGACCCGUUAAAGAUGUAUGAGGAGAAAGAUGACAAGAUAUUGGAGGAUGACAGACAAGAUAUAAGCUUAGAAGAGAGUGACAAUUCCUCUCAUAGUGCUGGUAAAGAAACAUUGCACCCAUCUGAAGCAGCGCUAACAUCAACCUCUUUAAAAAUAGAACAAGAAAGUGAAACCGAGCAUCUGGAAAGAUCAGCAGAUCCUCUACAGCAAUCCCAAUGCGACCUAGAGCACAGUGACAUGGAUGCUACUGUUACUUUCGAAGAGAUGGAGCAUUGUCCAACAGAUUCCACAGUGGAGGAUGCAGUAGGAUCUGGCAACCCAGAGCAAAGUGAAGUGGAUUCUGCUGAUGGCACCAUCAUCCUUGAACCUCAGGAGGAGGAUGUGUCAGUAGCAUCUACACACUCUGUUGCCACAUGUAGUAAUAAAGAAAUAAUUGAGAUCAAUCCCAAAAAUAGUGAAGUAAAUGAAUCACUUGAAGCUGAAAAUACAGCAUGUUGUGAAGCCAAUACUGAUGAAUCAUGCAAUCGCACAAACAAUGUAGAGGAUGAUAUUUGUAGAUCGGUUUAUGCAGAAAGCAACCAAAUACAUGCUGCACCUGGAUCAGGAAACCCUGAAUGCAACAGAAUAGACAUCACUGCUCAAUCUGGCAACCCAGAGAGUAACAGUGUGCCUGUUACAAGUGAAUCUGGCAACCCAGAGAGCAACGAUGUGCCUGAUACAAGUGAAUCUGGCAACCCAGAGAGCAACGAUUUGUCCGUUUCAAGUGAAUCUGGCAACCCAGAAAGCAACGAUGUGUCCAUUUCAAGAGAAUCUGGCAACCCAGAGAACAACAACGUGCCUGAAUCAAGUGAAUAUGGCAACCCAGAGAGCAACAAUGUACCUGAAUCAAGUGAAUUUGGCAACCCAGAGAGCAACAAUGUACCUGAAUCAAGUGAAUCUGGCAACCCAGAGAGCAACAAUGUGCCUGAUACAAGUGAAUCUGGCAACCAAGACAGCAACGAUGUGCCUGAUACAAGUGAAUCUGGCAACCCAGAGAGCAACAAUGUGCCUGAUACAAGUGAAUCUGACAACCCAGAGAGCAACAAUGUGUCCGUUUCAUGUGAAUCUGGCAACCCAGAGAUCCACAAUGUGUCAGUUUUAAGUGAAUCUUGCAACCCAGAUGAUUCUGCUGUUGGCAACCUUGAAAACAAUGAUGUGCAUGUUACAACUGGAUCUGGCAACCCUGAAUGCAAAAUGACAGAUGUUACUACUGAAACUGAAAAACCAGAAAGCUAUGGCAUGGAAAUUGCUGUUGGAUCUGACAAUUCGGGGAGCAAUAUAGUUGGUUCUCCUGUUGAAAACCCAGAAUAUAAUGAUGUGAAAGUUACAACUGGAUCUGGCAACACAGACAGCAAUAUUGUGGAUUCUGCUGUUGAAUCUGGCCACCCGGAUCACAAAGAAGUGCAUGUCACAACUGAAUCAGACAACUCAGAGACCAGCAGAGAACAUGUAUCCACUGGAUCUAGCAACCCAAAACACAAUGAAGUUCCUUCUACAAGUGAAUCUGGCAACCCUGAGAACAAUAUAGUAGAUUCUGCUGUUGGAUCUGGCAACCCAGAUUACAAAGGUGAUCAUGUCACAACCGGAUCUGACAACUUGGAGACCAGCAGAGAGUCCCUCUCUUCAAUUCCAUCUUCAAAAUCCCCAAAUGUCCCACCAGCUCACCUCUGUGUGCGCAGGACUUCCAGCUCGAGGGUUUUCUAUCCCACAAUCCUCUCUGAGGACACCUUCAAAGAGCCCCAGCAGCAAGAACUCACACAUUCAGAACAGACAACAGACACACCAACACAAGACCCACACGCUCAGCCCAACCCACUGACAAAGGCAGGCACCCCAAAACGUCUGGGUCUGUUUCGCCGUCUCCGAGGGGAGACCAAUAAAGCCCCAGUCCCCAAAAUCCUCAUCCAGGACUUCAGCGAUAAAGAGGAGGGGCUGACCGCGAAAGAGAGGAGGAGGAAAAAGAGAGAGAAAGAGCGAAAAGAAAGAGAAGAGAAAGACAGAAAGAAACAAGAGAAGGAAAUGGAAAAGGACAAAGAUAAAGAAAGGAAGAAGCCUCAGACAAGAGGAAAGAGCUUCCAGGUGCUCAGCAGGAAGGGAGCUGAUAAUGCCGUGUCCCCCGGGAACAGUAACUCUCAGACAUCUCACGGCAGGAGAAACUCUGCCCCUUUUUCUGAUGGUUAUUUUUAAAUAAUCAGAGACUCGAUCACAUGUUUGUAUUUCGCAGUGGGAGUGAGAUGUUUUAAUGUGACUUGUGCAAUGAUCUGAUGUGGCUUGUUAUAUUCACUGCUUCAUCUAUUAGUUUAAAACCAUAAUUAUUUUCACAGAAAAAUAAAAUCAGGAGGAGA